GUAAAAACUGCUGAACAGCUUUGUCCAACACAGUGUCCCACACAAGCAGACGCAGCUUUUCUUUAAACCUUUGAUCUUCAAGGGAAAACCAGCAGCUAACAUGCUCCAUAGUUUGAAUCCUUCUGAGCAGCAGACUGCAGGUUUCUCCUUUGAAAACAGUCACAGAAAUGCAGUUCUGGAGUCCAGUUUGUCAGAGAUGGGGUACAAAAGUCCCAAAGCCAGAAAGACGGGUACCACUAUUGCUGGUAUGGUGUUCAAGGAUGGAGUGGUUCUAGGAGCAGAUACCAGAGCUACUGAUGACAUGGUGGUGGCUGACAAGAACUGCAUGAAGAUCCAUUACAUCGCUCCAAAGAUCUACUGCUGUGGAGCCGGUGUGGCUGCAGAUGCAGAGAUGGCCACACAAAUCAUGGCAUCCAAUGUGGAGCUCCACAUGCUCAACACUGGUCGACCCCCUCUUGUUGCCAUGGUUACCAGGCAGCUGAAACAAAUGCUGUUCAGGUACCAGGGUCACAUGGGUUCAUCAGUGAUAGUUGGAGGAGUUGAUGUGACUGGAGCCCAACUGUACAGCGUUUAUCCACACGGCUCCUAUGAUAAGCUGCCGUUCCUCACCAUGGGCUCUGGGGCUGCUGCUGCUGUCUCAGUAUUUGAAGACAGAUUCAAACCAAACAUGGAGCUGGAGGAUGCAAAACAGCUGGUUAGAGAUGCCAUUGCUGCAGGCAUAUUUUGUGACCUGGGUUCAGGCAGUAAUGUGGAUUUGUGCAUCAUAACUGAUGCUGGAGUGCAAUUCUUGCGAGGUUAUGACAAACCCACAACAAAAGGCAAAAGAGAGGGACGGUACAGAUAUGAGCCAGGCACCACGGCGAUCCUGACCAAAACUGAGACUCCCCUCUCUCUGGAUGUUGUGGAUGAAUUUGUUCAAAUGAUGGAUGCUGAAUAAAAUACCAGGAAAAGUACUCUCUGGGAUGUAAUCGGCACAGUCACAUAAAAGAGAAAAUAAAGCUGAUAAAAGAG